CCACCUAUCUUCUGAUAUUUGGUCCAAUUCGAUUCGCCGGUGAUUUAUCCCAUAUUGCUCAAACCCUAAUCCACUCACUCCCUUUGUGUUCUCUCUUACAAGAGUUUAUGCCGUAAACUGCAAUUCCUCAGUUUGUUCCAAUCUACAUAUGUCGACUGGCAGAGGAGGGAGAGAUAGAUAUCGCAGGGAUCAUCCUCCAAGAUCUGAAGAGAAGAGUCAUCAUGGUCGCGAAAACCCCCCUUCCAGACAUCUUUGGGUUGGAAAUCUAUCUCAUAGUCUUUCGGAAAGUACAUUGGCCGAUCACUUCUUACGUUUCGGAGACCUGGAAAGUGUGGCAUUUCAACCAGGUCGAAGCUAUGCUUUCAUUAAUUUUAGAGACGAGGAAGGGGCUUUUGCUGCUAUAAGACAUCUCCAAGGCUAUGCUGUUGCUGGCAAUCCACUUAGGAUUGAGUUUACAAAGGCGGUUAGUCUUGUCAACCUUUGCCUAAUUUUCCUUGUGACGUUGUUGUCUGUGCAUAGAAAAUUCUCGGCAGAGCACUUGAUACUGCUAUACUUUUCCGUAGAAAGUUUCUAUGAAAUGCAUUUUCUUACUCUUAAACGUUUGUUGUUAAUAUUAAUGCAACCAUCCAAGUUUGAUCUGGAUCUUGAUCUUCCAUUUGCCAUUCUAUCUGCUUUCACUCAAUAAUCAGGAUACUGGACUCCUCAUGGCAGCAUUAUAUGUACAGUAUUGUUGUGGAAGCCGGAAGGUCAUGAGAAUUUAUUUCAGUGGCUAGGAAGUAGGGUGCAGUUAGUGCUUCUGUAACUCGAUUUGUAGGCAUGGACUGAACUCUAGACUAGUCUAAUAUAAGCAGAAAUGAUCCGAACAUUAAAAGUAGAUGUAUAAAUAUUGGUGUAAUUGUCUAGAAUCUUAUGGAAGACUUAACCACCAGACUAAGGCAAGUGGUGAAACCGCAGUUAGCCAUUGGACCAAGGAAAAUAGUAGAAGUUCAGCAGUCUAAACACAAAUAUUUGCAAAUGUUGUUUCAGCAACCUCCAAAAGUGAGCAAUAUUUCAAAUGAGCAGCAAUCUGGUAUAAUUUGUACAAUAACUCCUGCAUGAUAUCCUUCAAUAAAAGAUAAAAAAUGACCUAUGAACGGGACUUGUGGUGUGUAUUUAUCCGGGGGGGUUGGUGUGGUGAGUACUGUGUGUCCCUAAGGGGGUCCAAUUCUUAAAUAUGCCAAGCAUGGCCCAGUACUCCAUCCAUUGUCAACCAUAUGCCAUCCAGUGUAUUUCAGCCUCUUUUGACUAGUUC